GUACUGGACUGGAUUGAAAAUCACGGGGAAGCCUUUCUGAGUAAACAUACAGGAGUGGGGAAGUCUCUACACAGAGCACGUGCACUGCAGAAAAGACAUGAUGAUUUUGAAGAGGUAGCACAGAAUACGUACACCAAUGCAGACAAGCUUUUGGAGGCUGCAGAGCAGUUGGCUCAGACUGGGGAAUGUGACCCUGAAGAGAUCUAUAAAGCAGCCCGGCAUCUGGAAGUACGAAUUCAGGACUUUGUCCGGAGGGUGGAACAGAGGAAGCUUCUGUUGGACAUGUCAGUCUCCUUCCAUACCCACACGAAAGAGCUGUGGACAUGGAUGGAAGAUCUGCAGAAGGAGCUCUUAGAGGAUGUCUGUGCUGACUCUGUGGAUGCGGUUCAGGAGCUUAUCAAGCAGUUUCAGCAGCAACAAACAGCCACCUUGGAUGCUACCCUCAAUGUUAUUAAAGAAGGGGAAGAUCUAAUCCAACAGCUCAGGGAUUCUGCUGUUUCCAACAAUAAGACUCCACACAAUAGCUCCAUCAGCCACAUUGAAUCUGUCCUUCAGCAGCUUGACGAGGCCCAGGUACAGAUGGAAGAGCUCUUCCAUGAAAGGAAGAUUAAGCUAGACAUUUUCCUUCAGCUCCGGAUUUUUGAGCAGUACACCAUUGAGUUCUUGGAGCACCUUUAAGUGCCUUAUGAUGAUACAUUCCUGAAGGCAUUGUUUGUAAGUCUGUAAGUAAUCUCAAGGCGGGUACUGAUAAUUAAUGGGAGCCUUAGAAUGCUGUGUUAUACUUUGUGUUUAUUUUAAGACAUGGCAUGAUGAAUUAUAGUGGAAUAAAAGGCUGAAAACAGAGGGGUUUAGGUGUCUUGAUCUAUAAUUGGAUGCCAGAGAUAGAAAUCAGUGAGGAAUAUCUGAGCUUUCCUGUGUGUAACUGCAUAGUUAGGUAUUGUACUGAAGACUGUUCUACAGUGCUUGUUAUUUAUGUAAAUUAGAAUAGUUUCAUUUUACUUACCAGUUAUGUACAACCUCCUUGAUAUUGAGAGACAGUGUUCUUUGUGAGUAUGUAAGCAGAAGUAUAAAUGUAUGUAUUUCGUAUC